AUGGUUAAACCGACCACGAUACGUGCAGUUUUCCAUGUCGCCUUGGCUUGUGAUUGGCCUCUUCAUCAACUAGACAUCAAGAACGCCUUCCUUAAUGGUGAUCUUGAGGAAACUGUCUACAUGCAUCAGCCUCCAGGUUUUUUGGAUAAGACUAAGCCCGAUUAUAACACACGCUUUGCUACUUAUGUCCGUCGUCUUGGCUUUAAUCAAAGCCUUUCGGAUCUCUCCUUGUUUGUGCUCUUUCACGGCUCUGAGUUUGCGUAUCUUCUCCUUUAUGUUGAUGACAUUAUCCUCACUGCUUCCUCUCCUCCCUUGUUGCAACGUAUCAUCGCUAUUCUCAGCUCCGAAUUUGAGAUGUUUGACGACGGUCCCCUUCAUCACUUCCUUGGCAUUACCGUAAAAUGUGAUGCUUCUGGUCUCUGGCUCCAUCAACAGAAUUAUGCUGCUGACAUACUUCACCGUGCCAACAUGGUUGACUAUAACCCGUGUCUCACUCUAGUUGAUACCAAACAGAAGCUUGCUCCCGAUGGUAGUCCACCGUUGUCUGAUCCUACACUCCACUGCAGCUUAGCUGGUGCCUUUCAAUAUUUGACGUUCACCCGUCCUGACAUCUCUUAUGCCCUCCAGCAGAUUUGCCUCUUCAUGCAUAUUCCCCGAGACUCUCAUUUUCAAGCUCUCAAACGCAUUCUCCGCUACAUCAAGGGUACCAUUUCUCAUGGCAUUCAUAUGACCAAAUCCUCAUCUCUCUCCCUUACGGCAUACUCCAACUCUGACUGGGCAGGUUGUCCCGCUGGUCGUCGUUCUACCUCUGGCUACUGUGUGUUUCUUGGUGAUAACUUGAUCUCUUGGUCCUCUAAGCGGCAGAACACAGUUUCUCGUUCUAGUGCCAAGGCCGAGUAUCGGGGUGUAGCCAAUGAUGUGGUUGAGGCAACCUGGCUUCGCACUCUUCUUCUUGAAAUGAAGAUUCCCUUAUCUCGCGCUGUAGUGGUGCAUUGUGACAACGUUGCGAUGGGUCACAUUCGCGUCCUGCAAGUUCCUUCUCCUUACCAGUACGCCGACAUAUUCACCAAAGGCCUUCCCUCUCCAUUGUUUCUUGAUUUUUGGAACAGUCUCACCGUCCAGUCUCCUCCACCGACGCUUUGA